AUGCAGCACAAUAUUCACGUGCAAAGUCAUGAGACGCGUCGUGAGAUUGCAGAGAAGCGCCCACACAAGCGGGAAGCUAGUGAUCAGGCUUUCAAGUUGCUCACGCUGGUCAUGGUGCAAGGACAGAUGAAACAACGCACAACUCUGCGAGCGUACCAUCAAGGCAUAGACUUCAACCUCGCGCGCUUCCUUGCAUCUGCCAAGUCCGACACCACGAUACCCGAUUUUGGAAAACCAGUACUCCCCGAAGUCAAGCCACUCACGGGACGGGCCAACUGUGGGAAGUCGUCGCUUCUCAAUGCAGUAUUGGGGAGGAAGUAUCUAUUAAGCAAAAGCAAACAUGCUGGCAGCACUCGUUCCUUGGACUUUUAUCAGGUCGGGGAAGGGAAAGCCUCGGCGAUCUUCGUAGACGCGCCUGGGUAUGGCCGGUCGGCACGGUCGCAGUGGGGGGAUCUCUUCACGCAAUACAUCACAACGCGCCCCCAACUGAAGCGGAUCUACAUCCUGAUCAAUGGGGUCCACGGGGUCAAAGAGUCGGACGUGCAAAUGCUGGAAUACCUGUCUACAAAACUCGUCGACGCCCGCGGAAUCCAGCCUUUCACCGUCCAAGCCGUCGUCACCAAGGUCGACCUCAUCCCGAGCAAACACAUGGUUGCGUCGCUCGAGGACAUGCGCACGAGUAUCUUCGCCAAUGCCCCGCUCUGUCUGCCCCCCAUCUUCACCAGCGUGACGAUGAAUCCCCCGUUUGGCGUCGACACCGUCCGUUCGAAUAUCUCAGAUGUCUGUGGGUUUCCGCUUGUCGCGCAAGACUACUAG